GUGCACUGAAAUCGCUUCCUGUGCACCAGCCACAUCCUUUCACGCAUUUCAGAGCGUUAGCACAUUUCCUGGGUCUCGUCUCGUCACGUUCCGUGCCUGUCCGACUCCGUUGCAGCCAUGGUGAGCUACUGCCCCAUCUGCGGGAAGCCCGUCUACUUCGGUGAGAAGAAGCGGUCGCUAGGUCGGGAUUAUCACCCGCUGUGUCUGAAGUGCCACAAGUGCAAAAGGCAGCUAACGGCUGGCCAACAUGCAGAGCAUGAUGAGAAGCCCUACUGCACUAACUGCUACUUGAGAGAUUUUGGGCCUAGAGGAACCAGAGCACCGGUGCCUCGUGCCCGUAGCACUGCUACCUCCUAAGAGCACACUCAACUCCAGCCAUGUUCGCAACUGCUACCGUCAUAUUUAUAUCUACUAGAUGUCCAGCUCCAUCUGGUAGAUCAUCUCAUAGUACCUCCAACUCCAACUGCUAGAUCUUCAACAACUAGUUCUCCAAAUCCAACUGGAAGAUCACCAACUAAUACUUCUCCAGAUCCAGCUGGAAGAUCACCAACUAAUACUUCUCCAGAUCCAGCUGGAAGAUCUCCAAUUAAUACUUCUCCAAAUCCAGCUGGAAGAUUUCCAACUAAUACUUCUCCAAAUCCAGCUGGAAGAUCUCCAACUAAUACUUCUCCAAAUCCAGCUGGAAGAUCUCCAACUAAUACUUCUCCAAAUCCAACUGGAAGAUCUCCACCUCCACCCACUAAAUCUCCAGCUACAUUUAGUAGAUCUUCCCCUCCAACUUCCCAUUCCUCACCUACUGCCUCUCCAAGUCUUAUGUCCAUCUCCACUGGCUACAUCUAAAUGAUCUCUAUCCCCAACAACUGGAUCUAUCAGAUUUCCACCUACAUUUGUUCAAUCUCCAUAUCCAACUGCUUGAUCUGCUUGAUCUGCUAGAGCUCCAGCCAGAUCUCCUUCUCUAACUUGCCAACAGCUGGAGCUUCAUCUCUAGCAGUAAGGUCCCUUAGAUCUGCUCCAUCUCCAUGUCUAAUGGCUCAACUUACUGCAGAUCUACGGAUUCCUAUUUCUAUUGGCUAGAUCUUCAUCUCUCGAAGUCCAUCAAAGACUGCCAAAUCGAAUUGAAUCUAAUUUGAUGAUUAGAUUUUCAUCCAACCAGUAGACGUACCUCUCAAACAACACAGAUACCUGGAUCCCCAAGUUAACCUGCUAGAUCUCCAUAACCGAGGGCCAGUUCUCCAUCUUCAGCCCCAGUCUGCUAUAGGAUCCGCAAGAUCUUCAGCUAGAUCUACUAGAUCUCCAUUUUCAUCUCUCUUUAUCCUCCAAACGCCAUCCAAAACCACAGUCUUCUUCCUCCACCUCCUCCACCACCACCCCCAACACCCCCAUUCUGGAUGGUGUACAAACAUGGCCACAAGAGAAAACAUGCAACAUUAAACAAAAAGCGCUUUAAAGGUGCCUGUGCUGCGCCUUGGCUUUAGACGCUCCGUCAGAUGGUUUCAUUUUGGCCUCCAGAACCCCAGCGCAGGAUUCCUUAAUCGAUUAUUUCAAAACACGCUGUGACCUUUCUGUCUGCCGUCGAUGCGUUUUAUCCUCCGCAAGAAUUCGCAAGCCCCCUGCUGUUCAUUUAGGCAAAUUAUUAAUACGGAGGGAAAAAAAACCCAAAAACAAAACAUGCGGACAAUGAUCCCUAUUGUGGAGUUUAGAUAUUGAGCUAAAGCUGACGUCGCAAACGGACAAGCUUUUUAUUCCUCGUUAGCGUCUUUUAAACUGGAAAUAAUGAUUAUGUAAAAGAAUUCGCUGUGUGUGAGUGUGUGUGUGUGUGUGUGUAUGUAAUG